AUGGCUCUGGAUCCCAUCAAGUACAACCACAAAAAAGCUCAAGAUAAUCUAGUUGCCCAUGUUGGUGCGUGGAUUCAAGCUACCGGUUCACCUCCUUCAAAAAGCGUGGAUGACCUUGCCUGGGAGAAAGACGACAGAGAGGCCGAAGCGUGGGAGAGAUCAUUACUCAAGGAGCAAGUCUGCCGCGAUGUUGGCAGUUUUAUCAACAAAUACCGACCCGUUGAGCCCGUGGAGCUUCACAGUCCGAGUGGAGGCGGGUAUAACAUAUUCUACCGUCUGGAGUAUAAGGAUGGCUCCUCGGCUGCUCUGAAGAUCCCCUGCAAGGGCCUCGCAGCAGAUGAUCUUGCUGGCACAAGACCUUCUAUCAUCAUGGAUCAUGCAGAACAGGAGAGAACAAUGUCAGAGGCUCUUAAUGACCCUGUUAUCAGCUUCAGCGAGUCUCAUGUCCUGGAUCCCAACGUCGACGCAGAGAAGCUCGAAGUUCUCUACGCACAGAUGGCCAACAUCGUUUUGCUGCUAUCUACGCUACAAUUUGACCGCAUUGGAUCAUUGGUUCAAGAUAGAUAUGGGGGCUUCGAUGUGUCUAGAUGA